AUGGAGGAAGUGAAAGAGACAGCAAACACUGGAAGUUUUUUUAAUCAACUGUCCAACAAACUGGAAGAGACCAACAACGACAAUCAUGAAGUGGCAACGAAAAAUGCCAUCUCUCAACAACAAAACGAACAACAAAACAACAGUGACGACGACGAAUCCAAAUCACAAUUAAUUUCAGCAGCCAAAUACAAAGCAAAAUUAUUACUCGCCCGAGCGAACAAAAAGAAGAAGAAGUCUCACAAGGGAAGCAAGUUAUUUGAAGUUAAAUUUUGGAAUUCAGUUGCCGUAUCCUCAUGGCAAUGUGAUUGUGGUGGUUGUUGCAGUGCUUGUUCAAUCUGCAAAAAUUCUUGUCUAGAAGUUUGUGUGGAAUGUUCCUCUCGACAUCCAGCGGACGUUGCUGAUUGUAAAGUUGGGUGGGGAAUUUGUAACCACAUGUUUCACGUACAUUGUAUUUUGAGAUGGUUGAAACAUCAUCCAGUUUGUCCAUUAUGUAACCAUCCUUGGGAAUUUCAGGCACAUAAUUAA